UGCGCACGCAGAACCAUAAAGAACCAUCGGCUACUCUCAAUUUCGGACGCUUUCUCCAGGAUUCUGCCUGUUCUUCUUCUUCUUCCUCUUCCUCUUCCUCCUCCUCCUCCUCCUCCUCUUCUUCCUCCUCUGCCGCCUUCUCCGCCGCCCGCUUCUGUCACUCUCCACGCACCCUCCGUCCACGCGGCCAACCCCACCGCACUGCACCGCACCGUACACCAUGGCAGACCAGAAAGAGAUCCAGGCCGAGAAGGCCGAGGGUCCUCUGCACUUCUCACACGGCGACGACCUCAACAUGACCACGUCCAUGAAGCAGACCGUCCUUGACGCGAAGAAGGCCUCCGACGAGGAGCAGAAGAUGUCGCUCCUGCAAGGCAUCAAACUCUACCCCAAGGCCAUCGCAUGGAGCAUUCUGAUCUCCACAUGCAUCGCAAUGGAAGGCUAUCAGGUGGCGUUGGUCAACAACUUUUACGGAUUCGAGCCUUUCAAUCGGAAAUAUGGUGAACCUACCGGCGAUCCAGACUCGCCAUACCAAGUAUCCGCACCAUGGCAGGCUGGGUUGUCCAAUGGCGCACUCGUGGGCCAGUUCAUAGGACUGUUCAUCAACGGAUGGGCUUCCGAGAAAUUUGGCUACCGCAAGACGGUCAUUACUUGCCUCACGCUCAUCAUCAUCUACAUCACCAUCUUCUUCACCGCUCCCAACAUUCAGACCCUUCUCGUGGGAGAGAUUCUCUGUGGUAUGCCGUGGGGAGUCUUCCAAACGCUCACCAUCACCUACGCAUCAGAAGUCUGCCCCAUCGCUCUGCGUGGCUACCUCACCACCUACGUCAACUGCUGCUGGGGUCUUGGCCAACUCAUUGCGAUCGGUGUCAUUCGAUCCAUGUUCACGCGCACCGAUCAAUGGGCAUACCGCAUCCCAUAUGCUCUCCAGUGGAUGUGGCCUGUCCCGCUCGUCAUCGGCGUUGCCUUUGCUCCAGAGAGUCCUUGGUGGCUCGUGAGAAAGGGACGCAUGGCAGACGCAAAGAAGGCUCUGAUUCGUCUCACUUCGACUAACCGCGAAACUGACUUCAAUGCCGACGAGACGAUUGCCAUGAUGGCCCAUACUACCGCUCUCGAAGAGCAAACCACCAGUGGAGCUUCGUACCUUGACUGUUUCAAAGGAUCCGACCUCCGCCGGACAGAGAUUGUCUGCAUGUGCUGGGCUAUCCAAAACCUUGCCGGCAACUCCUUCUCGAACUAUUCCACCUACUUUUUGCAACAAGCCGGUGUUUCCAGCAAGAACUCGUACAACUUUGCCAUGGGCCAAUAUGCCAUCAACAUGGUAGGUGUGUUCGGAGCUUGGGGUUUGAUGUCCCUUGGCGUGGGACGUCGAACACUCUAUCUGUACGGUCUCGUCGCGCUCACCACCCUCCUGUUAAUCAUGGGAUUCAUGGGUCUGGUCGACGACAGGGAAACCGCUGGACUCGCCACUGGCAGCAUCAUGAUCGUCUGGGCUUUGGUUUACCAGCUCACAGUUGGCACAGUCUGUUACUCUCUGGUCGCUGAGGUCUCAUCGCGUCGCCUGCAGAUCAAGACUGUGGUCCUGGGAAGAAAUCUGUACAUCGUGGCCGCCAUCAUCUGCUCCACCAUCACGCCCUACAUGAUCAACCCCACCGCAUGGGACUGGGGCAGCUAUGCCGGAUUCUUCUGGGCGGGUCUUGCCUUCCUCUGCUGCGUUUACACCUACUUCCGUGUCCCUGAACCUCGAGGCCGCACGUUCGCCGAGAUGGAUCUCUUGUUUGAGCGACGAGUCUCUGCACGCAAGUUUGCCUCGACCGAGGUCGAUGUCUUUGGCGAGACGCUGGAUGAAAGUGUCGUGUCGCAGUACAAAGACGGGCUUGCAGCAGAGCACUCGGAGAUGACGAAGCAAGGAUGAAUGUGAUGACCUGGGUUGGGGGAAUGGUAUAUUUGUUUUUUUGCUUAACAGUAAUGAUGAUGAUGAUGACUAUCACGAGAGCUGUGCUCAUCAAGAAAUUCCAACAAAAAAAUAAAAAGAGAACAAUGGAAUUGCCUCUUCCUGCUCUGCUCUGCGGCUUUAGGACUACCUGCCUACCUAGGUACUUGCUACCGCCCCGACAACAUUGCUCGGAUAGUAGGUAGUAAUAUCGAUUCAUCUUUAUUGGGAGGUUCCUACAAAAGAAACUCCUCAAGAAGGCAAAAAGAAAC